UAUUAUCAUUUCCACAUGUAGUCAAUACAAUAUUUUACUUUUUUUCAUACUAAAUUCAAAAGAAGAUGUAUUUUUUUUUCACAUUUCAAGACUUCAAAAGCCACGCGGGGUUGAGGGUAGGGGCUUCCACAAUGGACAGCACAGAUCUGGACUAUGCAAUGAGAGCUGCGGUUACCUUGAUUUGAAAAUCAUUAAAAUGAUUUUCACAAAGUUCAUUCAUUUCUCUGCCUCUCUUCUUUAAGUACUGCUUUAUUUUCUAAAUAUGUUUUGCCUCUGAACAUUUUGGAAUAUUUAAAUGGCCCUGAGAAGCCUGUCCAAGAACGACAGACCCGUUCAGGGCCCCUCCUCUCCGGAGGGUACCGGGGCGUUGGUUUGCCCGAGUCGUCCUCCGAUUCGGCCCGCUCGGGGCUCAGCUGUCUGGGCGGCGGCCAGCUACAUUCCUGGACGGCCACGAUCGCGGGCCGCCGGAGGGAGGCCCAGUCGGGGGAUCAGGGCCUGCCUGGCCGGCUGGGCGACUUGUAACAUCACAGCGCCACGCCUCGGGGGUUCGAGUCCAGCAAGGCUCCCGGCUUCCAGGCCCGGACGGUCAAAGAUUUUCAAUGGGAGAGAGUCAGGACUGGAGGAGGCAACCAGGUCCCGCCACCGCCCACAACUCGAUGCUUCCAAUUCGGUCCUCUGAUCUGGCGAAAAGAGCGCGCAGAAACGCGGAGACCCGCGAGCGUACAGCUCCCCACCAUUUCCCAGAAGCACCAGCGGGGUCCUCCGGAUGGACCCCUACCUCUGCUGAUUGGUUGAAGUUUGCUGCCACGUGACCCAGGGUCGCCGCUUCUUCCCCCACCCCCCACCCGGAGGUCGCUGGAGGCUCAGAGUGGGUUUCCUAGGCAACCCAGCGGGUAGUGUGUACACACCAGGCCCGGGGCUGGAGGGGAUGUCGUGUCUUCUGCUACAAGACAAGGAUUGAAAGGUCGGAGUGGAUUCUGCUCUGUCUCGGAUUGCCCCGGAAUCCAUCUCUCUCUCCGGGAUAAGUAUUAUGAUCUUUAUUUUUAAUGGAAGAUGAUUGAAUGUGAAAACCUAAACCAAGAAGAAAUAAUUAAAGAACUGUGUUUAUGCAAUGGUUUAUCUUAUAAGAUGGUUGGACAAGAAGGACCAGAUACUUCAAAACUGGAAAUGUUUUUCUCAGGGUAUCCCCGUAUAGUUGGAUUAUCAUUGUUUCCCAAUUUAACAAGCCUCACAAUUGUUGCUCAAGAUAUAAAAGACAUUUCAGGGCUAGAAACUUGUUCACAACUUAAAGAACUCUGGAUUGCCGAAUGCUGCAUAGAGAAAAUCGGAGGUCUUCAAGAAUGUAUAAAUUUGGAAAAACUGUAUUUAUAUUAUAAUAAAAUUUCCAAAAUAGAAAAUUUAGAGAAACUCUUCAAAUUGGAAGUUCUUUGGCUGAACCAUAAUACAAUUAAAAAUAUUGAGGGUUUACAAACUUUGAAGAAUUUAAAUGAUCUCAACCUUGCUGGAAACCUGAUAAGCAGCAUUGGUCAAUGUCUUGAUCCCAAUGAGCAACUGGAAAAAUUAAACCUUUCUGGUAACCAAAUAAGUUCUUUCAAGGACCUCACUAACUUAACCAGGCUGCGUCACUUAAAGGAUUUAUGCCUGAAUGAUCCACAGUAUAAAAACAAUCCAGUUUGUCUGCUGUGUAAUUAUUCCACACAUGUGUUGUAUCACUUGCCUUGCCUUCAAAGACUUGACACGUUUGAUGUGUCAUCAAAGCAAAUCAAGGAACUGGCAGAUACCACAGCAAUGAAAAAAAUGAUGUAUUACAAUAUGCGUAUAAAAACUGUUCAGAGGCAUCUUAAUGAAGACCUUGAAAAAUUGAAUGAUCGAAAAUGUAAAUUACAGCAGUUGCCAGAAGAACGAAUAAAAUUAUUCAGCUUUGUGAAAAAAAAUUUGGAACGAGAACUUGCCGAACUCAAGGGAUCUGGCAAAGGACACAGUGAUAGAUCCAAUAACAAUAAAGUAACUGAGCUUGAAAAAUCAAAGAACUGUGAAACUGUCACAGAACAACUAAGUCUUCAACAGAAGAUACUGACCAAACUAAAUGCCGUGAAUGAAAGGGUAAAAUUCUGGAACAAAAAACUAGAUGAAAUUGAAGCAAUUUACCAUAUUGAAGUAAAGCAAAAGAAGAAAAGUCAUGGCUUAUUGAUUCCAUUUUUGUUAACUGAGUUGGAGACUGUGGGAAAUGUCCACUUUGAAGAAGGCACUCGAUCUGAUGACUGGUUUAAUUCUUGCUAUGAAUUAAUUCUAUCACGAUUUUGCGCAUGGGACUUCAGGUCAUAUGGUAUUACAGGAGUGAAAGUGAGACGUGUCAUCAAAGUUAACAACCGUAUUCUAAGAUUAAAAUUUGAGGAGAAAUACCAAAAGUUUUUGGACAAUGAAGAUAUGCAUGAUUCAGAGUGUUGUCGAAAGAUGAUGGAAUGCCUUUUUUAUGUUUUCGAUCCUGAAGUUACAGUGAAGAAAAAGUAUCUGCUACAAAUACUUGAAAAAGGAUUCAAAGACAGUGAAAUAAGCAAGCUGCCUCUCAGAAAAGAAGCUGUUAUUCUUGCUAGCAGCCUAAGUAUGUGUGAGUGCCCCAGAAUUGAAUUUCUACAGCAAAAGUACAAGGAUGAGAAGAAAAACUCCCUAGAGCAUGAGCUCUUCAGGCAUGGCAUCCUUCUCAUUACAAAGGUUUUCCUUGGCCAGAGUGUUCAGGCUUGUGAACAAGACUCCAUCAGUCAAGCUAACUAUCCAAUGGUUAAUUCAGUGUUCAUUCCUCAAAAAUAUUUACUAAAUUCUUUCAUGGGACAAAGAAAUUGUGAUUGCAACAUUCGACAGUGCAAGUGGUUUGUCUUUGACCAUGACCUUGUUUUGCCAGAAUAUAUCGUUGAAUUUGAGUAUAUUACAGUGGUCAAGGAUCACUCUUUAUUUUCUUCAUUCAACAAUAUUAUUCCAGAAGAAAGCAAAAAAGUUUCAGAAGGAUCAGUAUUGUCCCAGGAUUUGAAAUUUGAUGAUGAAGUUAUAAAAAUGGAUCCUAGGAUCAAGCCCAGACCAAAACUUACUAGUUUGGAUGAUGCAACAAUACUUUCCCUUGGCAGAACUAACAUUUACAGACAUAUUGUGAGCCUGAAUCUACAUGGAAACAGCUUGAGUAAACUGAGAGAUCUCUCCAAGUUAACAGGACUUCGAAAGCUUAUUAUCAGCUUUAAUGAAUUUACUUGUUUGGAUGAUGUAUACCACUUGGACAACCUUGAAUAUUUGGAUGCAAGCCAUAACCAUGUGAUAACCCUUGAGGGAUUUAGAGGUCUGAUGAAACUGAAGCACUUAGACUUGAGCUGGAAUCAACUGAAAAAUUCUGGUAAUGAAAUAAAUGUGUUAUGCAAACACAUCACAAGUCUUCUCACUCUUGAUAUUCGACAUAAUCCAUGGCAAAAGCCGGCCACAUUAAGGCUGAGUGUUAUUGGCAGAUUAAAGACUCUUACUCAUUUAGAUGGCCUCUUCAUUUCUGAAGAAGAAGCAACAGCAGCUAUGAAAUUUAUUGCUGGAACAAAGAUUUCUCAGUUCUCUCUCUUACGGCAUUCUAGUAUAAAAGAGGAGAAGCCACGGAUACUUAGUAUAUGGCCUUCUGCCAAAAUUCUGACACAGACUUCAAAGUUAGGACCACAUUCACAACUGAGUGGAAACUGGUACUUGAAGAUAACUGCCUUAAAUUUAGAUGGGCAGCAUCUCUUUGAAAUCACAAACUUAGAGAAAUUGGAAAAUUUGAAAUGGGCAUCAUUCAGCAACAAUAAUCUCACUAAAAUGGAAGGCUUAGAAUCCUGUGCGAACUUGGAAGAGCUCAUAUUAGAUGGAAAUUGCAUCGCAAAGAUAGAAGGCAUUUCCAAGCUGACUAAAUUAACUCGCCUCAGUAUAAAUAAUAAUCUUCUCACUGGUUUGGAAAAACAUACUUUUGAUAACAUGCUUCAUCUUCACUCCCUUUCUCUUGAGAACAACAGAAUCACUUCAUUGAGUGGUUUGCAAAAAGCUUUUACUCUAAUUGAAUUAUACGUAAACAAUAACUAUAUUCCUCUCAGUCAGGAGAUCUACAGUUUAAAGGGUUUAUGUAACCUGGUCAUUCUAGACAUGUAUGGAAACAUUAUUGUAUGGAAUCAAGAAAACUACCGGUUGUUUGUAAUAUUUCAUCUUCCAGAACUGAAAGCUUUGGAUGGAAUCUCAAUUGAACCACCAGAGACUGAAUGUGCAAAAGAUUUGUUUGGCGGCAGACUGACUUCUGACAUGAUUGCAAAACGACAAGGACAUUCAAACUUUACCCAAAUGCAAGAACUGAACUGGACUUCAUCAUCCAUCAGGACUGUGGAUUUGAUUCCAGUUGACCAAUUUAGAAAUUUGUGUAAUGUGAAUCUACAGAACAAUAAUCUUAGUUCAUUCAGUGGAUUAAUCUAUCUGCCCAGUGUGAAGGUCUUAUGCCUCAACUAUAAUCAUAUUGAAUCAAUCAUGCCCAGACUAAAGCCUCAGACUCACCUGACCAGCAGACAACUAAUGUACCAAAAAGUACCUUCAAGUGGCUAUGGACAGCAAGGAACUUCAAAAAUAAACAAAAUAAACAGAGAUACAAUGAACAAUGAAAAUUUGCCUCCAAUAAUGCACAGUUUAGAAGUUCUUCAUUUGGGCUAUAAUGGAAUUUGUAAUUUAAAUCAGCUGCAGCUUAACAGACUAAAAAAUUUAAAAUUCCUCUUUCUACAGGGGAAUGAAAUCAGUCAUGUUGAAGGGCUUGACAAUUUAGUAGUCCUUCAAGAAUUGGUAGUGGACCAUAACCGCAUCAGAGCAUUUAAUGACAGUGCCUUUGCCAAACCCAGCUCUCUGUUGACACUUCACCUGGAGGAAAACAGACUACAAGAGCUGAGCAAAUUGCAACCUUUGGUAAAACUAGAGAAACUGUUCCUAGGAUAUAAUAAAAUCCAGGAUAUAGCAGAACUGGAAAAACUUGAUGUUAUCUCUUCUCUUAGAGAGCUUACAGUUUAUGGCAAUCCAAUUUGUAGAAAAAUGCUACAUCGCCAUGUGCUCAUAUUUAAACUACCUAACUUACAAAUGUUAGAUGAAAUUCCUGUGAAUUCAGAUGAUAAAGCAAAAGCUGAAAUUUACUUCUCUGAAUUACAAGCAAAGAAAAAGUCGUGUAUUCCUGUUACCAACUUUCCUACAGAAGGUGGAUCAUUUGGCCAGGUGAAAGCUUCUCCCAUAAAGAUAACAAAUGUAAUUCUGCCUGGUGGAUUUAACCAUUAUGCAGGACCUGACUUCACUUUAACUCCUGAGGUUGAAGAUAAAAAAAAUAAGAAUGCAGGAAUUCUGACAAAUAGUCCUCAAAGCAUACAUGCAGAAAUAGCUUUUCGGCAACUCAGAGAGAUAAAUUUCUCUCCAUCUCUUUUAUCACGUCAGAAUAUGGCACCUCCAACUGUGCAAAUGUUCCAGAGCAACCAAGAUGAGGGAAGAAUUCCUGGCAGCCACUUUCCAAGAUCAAAUCAAAUGUAACCUAACUGCCUAAAAAGAAAUGAAUAUUCACCAAGAAACCUAUUUGUGUUCAGUAGUUGUACAAAAGAUAGCAGUGUCUGUGAAAAAAAAAAAGAUAAUCAUGUUACUUAUGUUACCACAGCACUUCAGUUCCAUAUGAGGAUAAUCUCAAUCACUCCUGGUGAAUUUUAUUUAGCAUCUCCUCUCUCAAACUUUCUUUAUGGUUAUCUUAAUUAUUCGUUUGAAUUUCUGCGUUAGAAAAAUCAUGAACUUUUAUAUCAUACAAUUUGAAAAGAUACAAGUAACAUAAAGUCCACAGACUCAAAUAUUUAGUACUAUAUAGCAUUUAGAUACAAAAUUUUAGUAUGGCCUGUCAUAUGAAGUUACUGGAAAAGUUGAUUGUAGGAAAUAAGCAUACUUUCAUUUGUAGUGUAUAUGUUCAUUUGGAAUCACCUAAAACUGAAGCAUACAUUUCUUAGCAAACACAACCAUUACUAAAGCAGGUUGAGUUUUGCUAGUUGAACUGCUAGGUUUUUAGGAUUAUACUUAGAAACUGUAUCAGCCCUAAAAAUUGUUUAGAGAUGCAAAUUUGGGGCAUCCCUAGUACUUCCUGAAGGUGGCUAACUGGGGGCAACCAGUCAUUUAUGCUCUAAGAAUGAAAGAGUACUAUUGUAUAUACAAUAAUUGUGCCCAUAGUGAUGUCACUUAACAAUCAGUUUUAGGUUAAAGAGAACACAUGUUCAAACUCAGUGAACUCAUUUAAAAUUUGGGCCCUCAAUAAUUAUAUUUCACUGGAAAUAAUGUUUUUUUAAUAUUACAUUGGAUAUAUAGGAUAUAUCACAAAUCAGUCAAAUAUGGUUUUGAAUUUGCUUAUUUAUUAAAUACAGUUCCUUAAAUUAAUGACUAAAUUGCCCAUCAUUUUUAUAUUAAUGGGCUCCAUGAUUCAUGAAGUAUUCUAUUUAGAUUUUUCAAGUAUAGGCUCAACACUGCAUAUAGUUUUCAUACUAUUUUAUAUGUUC